AUGGAGGAGCGGAAGGAUCCGUCCGAGCGCGAGAGCGCGUCCCCUCCGGUUCUAGCGCGCGAGGCGGCGCCGCAGGUCCACCGCACCACGAACUUCUUCAUCGACAACAUCUUGCGGCCCGACUUCGGCUGCAAGCGCGAGCUCCUCUCGAGCAGGGAAAACGUCAGCCCGCUGGUCGCGAGGCCGUCGUCGCGCGGGGACUCCACCGACCACCGCACUUCAUCGUCGUCUUCUUCUUCUUCUUCAUCAUCUUCGUCCUCGUCUCCCUCGUCUUCGUCGUCUUCCUCCUCGUCGUCGUCGUCCAAGGUGCUGCUCGAGGGAAGCACGAAGUGCGGAGACGGCUCGAAUCUCACGGCGGUGAACGGCGCGAGCGGCGGCGGUGGAGGUGGAGGCGCAGCAGCAGCAACAACAACAACCACAACAACCACGGCGGCAGCCAAGGACUCCUCGCAACCUCUUCUGUGGCCCGCGUGGGUCUACUGCACGCGCUACUCGGACAGACCCUCAUCCGGACCGAGGACCCGGAAGCUGAAGAAGAAGAAGAGCGACAAGGAGGACAAGCGGCCGCGCACCGCCUUCACGGCCGAGCAGCUGCAGCGGCUCAAGGCGGAGUUCCAGGCGAGUCGCUACAUCACGGAGCAGCGGCGGCAGUCCCUCGCGCAGGAGCUCAACCUCAACGAGUCUCAGAUCAAAAUCUGGUUCCAGAACAAGAGAGCCAAGAUCAAGAAGGCGACGGGCUACAAGAACGGACUGGCUCUGCAGCUCAUGGCGCAGGGACUCUAUAACCACUCCACCACCACCAUCCAGGAGGACAAGGAGGACAGCGAGUAGCAACGUGCACGAGCCAGCUGAGGAUGGGGAUUAAUCGUGUUUUAACAACAACAACAACAACAACAACAAACCCAUUCAUAAUUUUCUUCUUCUCCGUGAAUUUUAUAAAAAAAAAAAUAAAAAUAAAAAAAUAAAUAAAACGAUUGGCGCAAUUAUUAGGGGUCCAAGCACGAAAUAUGCUGGAGACCACUUAUUAUUAUUAUUAUUAUUAUUAUUAUUAUUAUUAUUAUUAUUUGGAGAAGAAGAUCAUUAUCACUGAUCUCCUCCUCCUCAUCUCCUCAUCCCCUCAUCUCAUCACUCAAUGAUAUAGAAAAAAGACGCUGAGGACGCUGUUUUUUGUUUGUUUUUUGUUUUUUUUAAAGGAGAUUCACAUAAAACGCGGAAUUUCAUGGACGCUUCACCCAGAGCGACCCUCUUACAUGAAGAAGAGGACAAUAAUUCCUUUUAAUUUAAUUCUGUACAAAUAUAUGGACUCUAUAAAGAUUUCUAUAAAUAUAAAUAUAAAUAUAUAUAAUAGCCAAAAUUGUAAGAUGUAUAUAUUUAAAAUUCAGGUAAGGGUUGAGACGUGUGUUCCUCCUUACUUGCUGGCAAUUUUUUUUCUUUCUUUUUUUCUUUUCUUUUCUUUUCUUUUUUUAAAAAAAUUGUUUCCCUUCCUGUGUCAUACUUUUUAGAUCUUUUUUUUGGUGAUUGCACUGUCCUGCAUAAUUAUUAUUAUUAUUAUUAUUAUUAUUAUUAUUAUUAUUUUAUUUUUUUUUU